AUGGCUUCGAAGUUUACCAAGAACGCAAUACUAACAAGGACAUUGCAUUCGUGCUGUCUCGUCUGCGAAACUUACCUUCCAAGCGAACGAGAUGUCGCACUGCAUAUUUCAAAGGAAGAACACAAAAAAAGUCUAGAAGCUAGUAGUUUCGUGGCUGAGUUUAUCGAGGACCGCAUAAGGAAGGUCAAGAAGGGAUUUUUCUGUGAGUUCUGCAAUAAAUAUCUAUCAACAAUAAUCAAAGGAAGGUUCCAUGUAACAGGCAAUGAGCAUAUCCGUAAUAAGGGCGCCUAUCUCUUCGAGCGUUUGGAGAAUGGCAUGGUUCUCUUUAGAAACAUUGUUAUCACGAAAGAAGCAUGGAAUGGGAUCAUUGGAAAGAAAUGCAUUAUUUGCGCUAUUGAAUUCAAUGAUGUGAAGAAGCACAUUACCAGCGUUAAACACAUUUUCAAUAUGUUAAAGUUCGAUGUGCAAUUCGGGAUUUACGGUGGACUGUACAGGAAGACGAUGGACGAUUCGUUCCAUUGCUUAACUUGCAACGAGGUUUUUGAAAGCCCAACUCGAGCGUGUAUUUCGUCGCAUUUUUUACAUCCUAACCACCAAGAGAUUUACGAUAAAUUAGAAAAGAGUUCCAAAGAACAAAUCGAACAGUCUAAUUAUCAACAGAAACUGUCCAAUUUAACUGAUCCAAAGGGAACUGCAGAAUCCAAAGAUCCGAUCCUGAAGAAAGUGCCCAUGGAGAGAUACAUCAACGAUUUUUAUCCUAUCAAGAAUCCAUGUUUGGGCGGCACAGAUAUUGUCAUCAACAUGAGAACAGUUGUGAACAUUUUCAGUUUCUAUUUUAUAACACAGCUGAACUCAUUGAUAUGUGAAGUAUGCGAGGUCACAUUGACGCUUGAUGAAAUUGACACACACAAAGUCACCAAGAAACACGAGCGUGCAAUGAUGGACACUCCAGUUAUUGUACUAAGAUGUGCUGAAGACGAGUUUAUCAGAGAGGUACGUCCUGAAAUAUACCAUUGCGGCUAUUGCAACAUCACAUACAAUGGCUUGAGCAAAAUCGUCUAUCACUUGAACACGUCUAACCACAAGGAAUGCAAAACUUCUUCCUCUUGGCGUUUCUACAUGCAUAUCCAGACUAAGAAUAAAAAUAAACAACAGUAAUUUAUAAUCGCGCAUUGUCGAAUAAUUAUCUGAAUAUUUAUUAUCUGGAUCUAUUUGAAUAUUACAUACAUACAUUUCGAUUUAGGCUAAGAAGUAUUAGGUCUUGGGAAAAUUCAAAUUUACACGCUGGAUAAAAGUCACCGAGUUUUCUGGUAACUAAAAUAACAUCAAAAAGAAAAUCUACAAUGGGAACUUAAGCCCAAGACGUGCAGUUUAUCGAACUUCAAUUUUAAUGUUUCUAGUUUUUAAUGAAUUUAAUGAAUCUUAGGAAAUAUUUGUGACAUUACAUAUGAUAUUUACACUAGCUUUGUCUAUCUUCAACAAAUAAUUGUCGCCUGAAUUUCUUGCUACAUACGUAGCUUACUGAAUCGAUCCGACACAAAUAUAUCCUUACCAAAGUCCCCUUAACUAAUAAUAAUUAUCUAUUAAUACCUAUGAAGCUCAAAUACAUAGUAUCCAGUAUGUGAGAUUAUUGAACUCGUAUUAACAAAUUUUGCUUGAAAGAAAGAUCAGGAAUUUCUGUGCCAAUGUCUUCUUAUUUAAACAUGAUUCAUUUAUUUCUUUAGAUUGUAGCACAAACUUUGUAACGCAUUGUAAUUGCCUAACAUAAUAAGUAUUUAUUCGUAUUCAGAACAUUUCCUGUUUUAAGUAGGCGUCGGUGUCGUGUUUAAUAAUAUUAUUAUUGUCUUAAUCAAUAGUUGAAACAAUACCCUUCUUCUGGGGAGCUUAUUAAUAAUAUAAAAGAGUAAAGGACUGUAACAAAU